AUGAAAGAUGGUUGGAUGAUAAGAGCAACUGACGAUAUUUUGGUCAAGGCGACAGUCCCAUUGGCCUUUGGCAACAUGUUCCCCGCACUUGCUGUGCCGCCCACUCACGCAUCAAUCAGCUGCGUUGAAGCACAGUAUUCACGACAUCAAACAUAUGUGCCGACUCUUUGGCUGAACCUUUCCGAUGGAAACGAUAUCUGGAUGUAUCUUUGUACUGGGGCAAAAGAGGACAUCGGACAUAAGUCAGGGAUUGAUUUCAGGCUUCCUAAACUCCAGACCAGCGAUCACACCGAGGCCGAGUUCAGACUAAACGCCCUGUCUGCAUUGGGACAAGCUAGUCAAAUGCUCCAAAACUUUCGAGAAGUCCCACUUUCGGGUCAAAGUGGUGCAACGAUCGAAACCUCCCAAUUAUCAGUUGCCAUGCGCAGUACAGCAGGCCCCUUGUUGUGUACGAGGUGUACGCCUUCUGAUACGUUGCUAGGCGUGACUGAGGGAUCCCUGGGCGCUAAGAGAUACAUGUACUUCGGUUUUAGGACUGAAACGUGGCCAUCGCAGCCUUCUGAAAGAACUGUAUCUCAUCGAUUCAGCGAACGCGCUGAAAUGGUACAUGUUGAUUACUGCGAAACAGUCUUCUGUAUUCAUAGAACUGUGUUGUGUCUUCUCCGAUAUCAGCUCAAUACGGUGUCAACAGCAUAA